UCUCCUCCCACGCAAUUCAGCUGCUCCCCCUCCCCUCGCCGUCAGUGCUGUCGCGGUCUGAUGACGCAAAAGCUUGGUUUUCACCAUGGCGGCUCUCUGCUAAUUGAAGAGAAAUGCGGGGUUUUUAGCUGCAGAAACACUUUGUUACGGGGGGAAACAGCCAGAAGAUAUUUCUUUCAGGAUGACCAACAGGACAUCCUACUUUUACGACCCCGACGUGGGCAACUUUCAUUACGGUGCUGGCCACCCCAUGAAGCCUCACCGCUUGUCUCUGACUCACAGUCUGGUUUUGCACUAUGGACUUUACAAGAAAAUGAUGGUGUUCAAGCCAUACAAAGCAUCUCAGCAUGACAUGUGUCGUUUCCACUCUGAAGACUACAUAGACUUUCUGCAGAAGGUCAGCCCCAACAACAUGCAGGGCUUCACAAAGAGCCUCAACACAUUCAAUGUGGGAGAUGACUGUCCUGUGUUUCCAGGUCUAUUUGAGUUCUGCUCAAGAUACACUGGAGCAUCUUUACAGGGAGCGACACAGCUUAACCACAAGAUCUGUGACAUUGCCAUUAACUGGGCUGGAGGUUUACAUCAUGCCAAGAAAUUUGAGGCGUCUGGGUUUUGCUACGUAAACGACAUUGUCAUAAGUAUCCUGGAGCUACUCAAAUACCACCCUAGGGUUCUGUACAUCGACAUAGACAUUCACCAUGGCGACGGUGUUCAGGAAGCCUUUUACUUGACUGACCGUGUCAUGACUGUGUCCUUCCACAAAUAUGGGAACUACUUUUUUCCAGGAACAGGUGACAUGUAUGAGGUUGGGGCAGAGAGCGGACGAUACUACUGCCUCAAUGUUCCUCUUAGAGACGGCAUUGAUGACCAGAGCUACAGACACUUGUUCCAGCCAGUUAUUAAACAGGUGGUGGAUUUCUACCAACCCACCUGUAUCGUUUUACAGUGUGGAGCAGAUUCUCUAGGCUGUGACAGACUGGGCUGCUUCAACCUCAGUAUACGAGGACACGGUGAGUGUGUGGAGUUUGUAAAGAGCUUUAAGAUUCCACUGUUGGUCCUGGGAGGAGGAGGAUACACAGUGAGGAACGUGGCUCGCUGCUGGACCUUUGAAACAUCUCUGUUGGUGGAUGAAUCCAUCAGUGAUGAGCUGCCUUAUAGCGAGUAUUUUGAAUACUUUGCUCCAGACUUCACGCUGCAUCCUGAUGUUAGCACCAGGAUAGAGAACCAGAACUCCAGACAGUACUUGGAGCAGAUCCGUCAGACAGUGUUUGAGAACUUGAAGAUGUUGAACCACGCACCUAGCGUCCAGAUACACGACGUUCCCUCUGACAUGCUGAACUACGAACGCAAUGAUGAGCCUGACCCUGACGAGAGGGGGGCUGAGGAAAACUACACCAGGCCAGAGGCAGCCAAUGAGUUCUACGAUGGUGACCACGACAACGACAAAGAGAGUGACGUAGAAAUUUGAUCUAUGAGGACAGAGAGGGGGGUGGAGCUUUUCCUUGCAGCCUUGUGUUUGCAUCAGCUGCAGACUCCAAGCAUUACGUCCUAAAAGAACUUUCAGGAAGGACGGCACCCUCAACUUCUCUGUCUGCUGUUACUAGUUUUUUCGAUCCGUCUUUCCACACUGAGAUCAUGACUGUUCUACCAUAACUCAACAGAACAAAAAUCAUGUUGACUCUGUUUUUAUACAGUAGUUUUCUCACUUUUUGGGGUUCUGAGUCAACAUGUCAAAUAUUGUAACAGGAACAGUCCAGGUUUUCAGAAUAAUGGAUGAUAAAACAUACAUGUACAUAAGGUAUAUCAGCUGUGUUAUGUCUAUUCCUGUAAAAAAAGAUUAGUAUGAAGGAUAAGAUGCUCCUUCGUACUAACAAAAUGUAGAUGUAGAUUUUGAUAAAAACCUGUUUCGUAUUUUUUCCUCUGAAAAUUAUAACGAUGCUUUUGAAAGAGGAAAAUGUCAAUGAAAUACAUUUUUAUGAAUUUCACUCAACAGGAUUUGUCGCCUUCACAGCUCUGAAAUGAUCCAGAGCAGGGCAUUUUCACCAUUUUGGAUUUUUACAUGUGAAAAUCUGUAAAUAAGAUCGCUGGCUUGAACUGAUCCAAACAGAAUCUACUCAUGUCUGUUCUUUACUGUAUAUAUAUACAAACGUAUGAGCUGUAAGUGUAAUGUAGUAGAGGACAACUGGUGACAAGGCAGGUAGUUUGGUAGUGAAUCUGUACAGAAGUAGGUGUUGUCAGAUGUCCUUCACUGUGCAGCUUCAUUACUGAAGUAUAUUAUUGGCAACUAAAUGGUGUAUGAAGCCACAGUAGAAAUGAUUUCUAUCGUCCACCAUCUCCUCUUUUAGCCCAAAACAAGUUUAAUGUGAUUUUUUGAUAUUGUCAACAACCUUAGUUUUUAAUAAAAAGAACAAUUUGAACUGUU